UUCUCGAAAAGUAUUUUUCAUCAGAUGUAUCCACCGGCCUAGAUCUUUGUGAAAAUGAGGUCGAAAAGACGUGCAGCGAAAGCCUAGUGGGCUGUACACAGAAGGACAGGCAUGGAAGAGGGGAACGAUGCUGACGAUAACUCCGCUCACAGAACGGAACAAAGAAUGGCACCAGAAAAUGUGGGCAGUGCAGUUAUUGGGGAGUGCCCACUGGAAGUGAAUGAAACAAACAAAAAGAUCUCUAUGUUGAAAUAUCUCAAGGCUGAGCUUACCAGAGGUUACCUAUUGGAACAUGAAGAAGAAAAGUUUUCAGAAAAGAGAAGAAGGGUCUAUACAUUCAUGAAAACACCAAGAGAGCUUGAAACGUUUUUGGUAUAUGGCUUCUUCUUAUGUGUGGAUGCAUUCCUCCAUGUUUUGACAUUCCUGCCUCUCAGGUUCAUGUUAGGCAUCUUCAAGAUUGUUACCCAGCCAUGUGGUUUUAUGUUUGGAAGAUCCAGGGUCUUGGAGCCAGGAGAAAUCUGUGAUAUUCUGAAAGUAUUAAUCCUUAUCAUAGUGUGUGUAGCAGUCAGCUAUGUGGACACUUCUAUGAUGUAUCACAUAAUUCGGGGCCAGGCCAUCAUAAAACUCUACAUAUUUUUCAACAUGCUAGAGAUAGCAGACAAAUUGUUUUCCUCCUUUGGACAGGAUAUUUUGGAUUCCUUGUUCUGGACAGCCACAGAGCCCCGCAGCAGGAGGAGAGAACAUGUGGGUGUCAUACCACACCUCCUGCUGGCUUGUUUGUAUGUCUUCCUGCAUACAAUCCUGGUGCUAUUACAGACAACUACACUUAAUGUGGCUUUUAAUUCCCACAACAAAUCUCUCUUGACAAUCAUGAUGUCCAAUAAUUUUGUUGAAGUAAAGGGCACUGUGUUUAGGAAAUUUGAUAAAAACAACCUGUUUCAAAUGUCCUGUGCAGAUGUCAGAGAGAGGUUUCAUUAUAUUAUCCUACUGUCUAUGGUGUUUGUCAGAAACAUGGCUGAAUUUUCUUGGAAUAUUGAUCACUUUUGGCUCCUCAUCCCAGAUAUGAUCAUGGUGCUGCUAGCAGAAGUUGUUGUGGACUGGGUGAAGCAUGCCUUCAUCACUAAGUUCAAUGCUAUAGCAUCUGAGGUAUACAGGGAAUACAAAAUAAGUCUAGCAUAUGACAUGGCAAACAGCAAGUUAAAAAAGGCUGUAUCUGACCACACAGACCAAGUGUCCAGGAGAAUGGGCUUCAUUCCUUUCCCACUGACAUGUCUCAUGAUUAAAAUGAUAUACACAUCCAUAAAGUUUGCAGGCGCAAUUGACAUCAUCAUUCUUAUUCUUAUUUAUUUUGGAUUGAUAACAUUCAAAGUUUUUAACAGCAUUGUCUUACUGGGACAUGCAAUAGACUGUAUAAAGGAACAAAAAGCCAGAGCAGAACAAGAAUCAAAAAGCAAAACCUCAACAGAUCCAAAAGAUGAAGUUAUACCACCAGCCCCAUCAUCCCCAGACAUCAGAAGAGCAUUGUUUCAAAUAGGAAAAGGGUCACUGAGUGAGGACCAUGCCAGUAUUCUCAGAAAAAGGACAAAUUCUGGUACUCAUGGGUCACAACCUAAUGUGACAUUUGCCAGUUUUGUCGAUGAUAUUGAGCCUGAACCAAGGUCAAGGUCAAUGUCACUUCAGCAUGUGGAGCACAAGCAUGCACAUGAACAGAGCAGCUUAGCAGAGGGUCUGAAAUCCUCCUUUACAGAAGAUCUGUUGAAUGUUUCUCAGUCAUCUGAGGAUGUGAGUAGUUUUGAUCAAACUGAAGAUCUGCCAACAGACAUGUCUAGUUCAUUUCAUCCAGAAAAGUCAUUGACUGCAAUGAAGCCUAUGUUUUCUAACAGCAUGGUUAGUUUGAAGAGUGUCCAUCUGAAUGAAGAGUUUUUAAAAGAUUCGGAAGCGGCAGAGGCUGCAGAAAAUGAAUGUUCUGAAGAUGCAGUGCCCAAGGAAGGAAAACCUGAAGAAACUGGUGUUGCUGACCCAACACUAGAUGCAGUAGAGAAAACAAAAACAAACAAAACCCUGAAUGAAAUUGAUAGAUUUACUAUGUGUAGUAGCAGCAUUGUUUGAUUGGCUGAAAGGUUAUAUUAUAUUUACAGAUUGAUGAGGGUAGAGGGUACUAUGUUAAGCUUUAUCUCAGUAUUUUCCUAUUUGGAACUUCUGUAAAUUUAUGUAGUAUGAUAUAAGUGUGUUGGGACAUUCAGGUAUAGAGCAAAUGGUUAAUGGAGAAUGUGCAAUUUAAAAAAGUCACUUUUUGGGGGUCACAGUAUAUUUUCCCCCACAAAUAAGGCAUUUAUUUUCUUCUUUUGAUCAAUUUUUUUUAUAAUAUAUUUUUUGGGCAAAAUGAACUGUCCUUAGUUUUUGGUGAAAAUGAAAUGUGCAUGCUUGAGCUUUAAUUUUGACAGAGUACAUGUAUAUAUGGAUGAUUUUAUGUUGAUGCUUAUUUUGUGUUAUUUUAUUUUUGACCACUCUGGGAUGCUGCUCAAAAUUGUUUGUUAUGAUUAUCAAGUUUAUUGUUAUUCAAAGUUCCCAUGUAAAAUUAUUCAACAAUAGAACAAUAUACUAGAUGCUGAAGAAAAUAACAAUAUGAAUGUUAUGUUUGAUUAAUUUUAUUGGAAGUUUAUUUAUUGUAUGCCAAAAUGUGAGCAUGAAAAUAGUGCUGUUAUGCUUUGAUCCGCGUGUGUUCAAUCACGCCUAGUUUAUAUGAGAAUCCUAUUAAUGUCUAAAUGAGGACCACUUGUUACUACAGUAUAUACAUCUUAUAUUUAAUAAAAAAUGGCUGUAACUUAUGUUUUAGUCCUUAGUGUGAAUGUGUAUUUUUGAAUGGAGGCUGACUCUUAUAACAAUUUUAAAAAUACUAUUACCGUCUUCUAAAAGAUGCUUUGAAAAUUUGACCUAAUCGUUUUCUUGUU